AUGAACAAACUCUCUCAACCCUCGCGUCGUCUCCUCAUCUUUCAGGAGGCGCGCAACCCACAAAACACUGCGGAGAUCGUCUACCUUCCCGUCAACAAACUUGGACUCCCAGUUUGCGGUGAUGGGCCAGAACUUCCAUCGAUCCUGGAGAUGCCAUUAAGGAGCUUGAGAUUUUUCACAGAGCUUUUUAAUCAGCCAAAGUACAAGGGUUGGGCUGUUCUCUCAGCAGGGAAAUACCACGAUACUUCCGAAGAAGGGAAGUUUUAUGCGGUCAUUUUGGAACAGACUCAGGUGCCUUUGGUGCAACAGGAAGGAGCUAUGGGGUCAUCAAUGGGAUCGGCGUGA